AUGUCCGCGAACUGUGUCUGGUGCAAUGGAAUGCUGGGUUUACGCGGCACAAAUGAGGCUUAUGACCCGGCAGCCUCACCCGAAACGCCGGUUGAGGAUUUCAACUCUCACACAUAUGAGGAUAUCUUAGCAACGGCCAUCCUCAAUAAGGUGCUUGAAUCAUGUGAGGGCGAGAGGCCAGACGAGGUCACCAUAGAAGUCAGCCAUGAGGUCACCAGCACAGACACGGAUAGCGGGAUGUCAGGCGGCGCGAAGGAGAGCCGAAGAGGGCGGCUCAAGAGAGGAGAGCUGAGCGAGGGCGGGUCAGAGGGCAGCGAGGAGAGGUCACUCACCCCCCCGCGGAGGUCAUCGUCGCGGCGCCCACCUACCGUCAGUCCAGACCAAGGCGUGGUCACGGACGACUCCUGGGCCCAAGCGGCUGCCGGGGACGGGCCGCCCUUGCAGUUUAAGAUCGAGGAGCACGUCGAGGAGAUCACGACCCACCACCUGACGGACGACGACCACGACCUGGACGACUUGGACGACGAGGAAGUGAGCGACUCCGGCGGGUCGUGGCGGGGGUCCCGGUGCUCUCUGGACGACUCGAGGGAGAGGCGGCGGCGCGAGAGAGUGACCCGCACCGCCACCGUAGCCGAAGACGCCCUCCUGCCGUCGCUCAACAUCCCGCUGCCGGAUCCGUCGCACCUCGCCUCCAGAAGGGUGUCUUUCCCCGAGCUCGGCGCCGAUAUCGUCCAUGAUUCCUGCUCGGACACGGACUGCUGCCAGGUGGAGCCCGGCGACAUGGUGAUGGACAACGACACUUGGGAGGAGAACUGGCUCUUCAGGCGCCAGCGACUGGUACCUGGAGGAGGCGCAGGAGGAGGCUUGGCGGCCAUUCACGACGCCGUUACGAUGCUCAUACCCAACCCGGAGGCUCAUGUGCUGCCCACGGUCGGGAACAGGGACGUCGACGAGCUUUCGGAGUUGUCCGAGCAGCACUCCCUGGGGUCCGGAGAGCCCUGGAGUACGAGCGAGAGCGAGGGCGAGGGCGAGGGCGAGGGCGAGGACAGCUUCCUCCAGCAGAAGGCGUCGAAGGAACUCUCCGCUCUGGCAGGAGAGAUCGUCGCCGAGUUCGGACAGAAGGACCAGGAAUACACCGUCGACUACAGCGUCCCCAGCCGCGUCGCCAGGAGCUCGGGGGGCGUGACGUCACCUCCCCACGCCCCCUCGCACCGCCUUCCCCCCGGCGAUUCCCCCACACGGGCGUCACACCCUCAGUACGUGGACAGGGGUCGCAGGGAAGAUCCGAGGGGCUUCGGCCAAGGGGAGCUCGAGGACGUCGAGAGAGGCUCUGGGAGGUAUGCCUCGCCCAGGAGUGACAGUGACGGACGCUGGGACGCGGAGAGACCUGUGCCAAAGCCGAGAAAACUCUCUCUGGCCACUCCAUCCCCAGCCAAGCACUCAGCCAAGUCCCCGGCGCAGUAUCUCCCUUCCCCCUCAGAGGACUUGAGUAUCUUAAGUCCCCCCCUCGAAGUUCCUAGCCCCAAAGUGGCCCUGCCCUCGAGUGACACCGUGUGGUUCGUGGCUGGCCCUGAAGACUGCGCGGUGACUCAGGGCCGCACGCUCCGGCUCGUGUGUCAGGUCAACACGAAGAGACCGAUGGGCCUCAGCUGGUACCACAACGGCGCCCUCAUUCCCUCUGGCGGCCGAGAUCACUGGCAGUGGCGUCGAGGCUCCUACCACCAUCUCCACGUGUUCGCCACCACCCACGACACGGCCGGGGUGUAUGCUGCGGCUGCCUACACUGCCAAUGCCUGCGUCUGGGCCUUCUGCAGGGUGCACCACAAGUCCUCGUCUCGGCCUCAGAAGCGCCCCUCGUUCACCAAGGGCCUGUCUGACGUGGUCGCUGAAGAAGGAAGCGAGGUGACCCUUCAGUGCCAGGUCACAGGUCAUCCCGAAUCCCGCGUGACCUUCUCGCGAGGGUCAGAGAGACUUGAAGCCUCGUCGAAGGUCUUCAUUGAGAGUGACCAAUACGGCACAUGGACAGUAAAGUUGUCCGAAUGCGCGCAACACGACAGCGGGGAGGUCGUAGCCAGUGCCAGCAACUUCAUGGGCACAGUUACAUCCCGGUGCCACGUCAGAAUAGUGCCAGAGGGAACGCCCAUACCCAGAGACGAAAUGGACUCUCGUCGCUCUCUCUCGUCUUCGUCUAAGGCCGACCACCCCAGCGCCCCGGGCAGAAGGCACGGUUCCCACAAAGCCAGGUCCUCAGGCCAGGCCACGACCAGCAACAAGCACUCAGCACCAGCUUCAGCAAACACGUCGCCCCACCGAGUCCCACAGGAUCCGCUGACCACCUCCUCGGGCGUGACCACAGACGCAGACGACCUGGACGAGAUCCUGCAGGUGCCCACGAAACCAGGAACGAUAGCCGAGCGCGAGCACCGGAAGUGGGAGGCGGCGAUCCCCCUGGCCAACAACCCCUACGCCCCUGAGAGACUAGUGCAGCGCCUCUCACACUCAAGGUCCUCCUCCACCACACACAUCCCGAGGGCUCUCAGAGUCGACUUCCCCGAGGACUCGCCGAAGGACCUGGACCCGAGCCUCCGCGCCGGCGUCCCCCCGCAGGCCGACCUCAAGAGGUACAGCCGCGACUACUACGUGGCGGCGCCGGCGGGCGGCUCCGGCUGGCAGAGGAGUCCCCAGGCGCAGCACGUCUCGCAGCAACCGCGGGCCUUCCAACCCCAGCUGGCCAACGGACACCACGUCUCCACCUCACGGUCGACGUCGGACCUCGUGAGCUCCCAGAUACACAUUCGGCUGACGACGGGCGUGAGCGAGAGCGCGGGCGACCUGAAGAAGGCGGAUCCUGGAGGAGCGACUGAGGAUCUUCUGCUACAGGAGGAGGAGGAGGAGGACUCGAGCCAGUCGCAGGAGGGCGGGGCGGUCCGGGCUUCCAGACGCACUGACUGGAAGGAUGAGCUCAGAGAUAUUCAGGCUGCCCGUGUUGAGCGCGAGGUAGCGAGGUUCCAGCGGACAAUCGACGAGACACAACGGCGCUGGGAGGAGAACUACGCCCGCGCCGCGCCCCGCUCCGUGCCCGCGACGGGUCACUCCGACAGCUCGACGGAGGGACUUCACAAUCCGCGACCUGCUGCCUACCUGGUGCCUCCUCGGCAUGAUCUGUGGCGGACAGUGAGCGUGGACACCCUCGGCGAGCCGGCGAGAGACAGGCCGACGCUGCAGCCUCUCCUGCGCCACACCAGCGUCGACAACCUCAGGCCGUCGACGAAGGUGUCCAACCUGAGCCCGCUCGGCCCCAACCCCCGCCAGAGUAGUAUGAACACAGUGAGUAGCCUGAGUAACAUCAACCUGAGCAACAACUGCGGCGGGAGCAAGGCGGCGACGACCUACCAGUCCCACCCGGCGCACGGGCAGUCGGUCGAGAGCAUGAGCGGCUACAGCGACGGCGAGAGCCACGGCGACGGCAACGACAGCGACGUGUCCACGAGCACGCCCGACAAGGUCCCCGUGCUGCCGUCGGUCAGGAAGUUGGCCUCGAAGUUCGACGUCGCGAGCAGAGAGAGGGUCAACGACUUAGAUAAACAUGGGAAAGAUGGUUCUCUUGCAUUUAAUGGAAAGAAGAACAUCUUCAUUGAGAAAUCCUCCCCAACUGACCCGCCGUACAUCCGGAACCUCACCAACAACCUCAACAAGAGAACCGAGAAGACUUAUAACGUUAAGGAGGUAAGGUCUUUGUCCAACAGAUCGAACACCACACACGACCCCCAACCCGCCUCUGACACUGACACUUACUUUACUGAUCAUGACGACUCUGAGUUUGACGAUCAGGCCACAGUGACCAGUGUCAGCUUGCCUCCGACGCCCCACUCGCUCAGUGGGGGACUCAGCUACAGCACUUCCAGCCUCUUAGACUCCGACUCUUGCUAUUCACUGGACUCUAGGGACCAGGGCCACGCCUCCCCCGGCGAGGAGGCCAAGACCAUUUUCGGGGUGACGCUGCGGAAGGUCAGUCCUUGGUCCGGGAGCAGAAGGUCGUCCGUGUCCAGCAGUUCAGGUCGAACAAAUGACGAUUCUUCUUGGCAUAACGGCCACUAUGAUCGCCAGAGCUCUUAUUCCAGCUCAGUUGAUUUGCGUCACGAAAGAAUUCCGGUUUCGGAAACGGACAGCGAUUCGGAUGCCCCCAACGCCCUCCGGCAAGUAACCAUUAUCAAAAUUGAUGACAAAGCAAGACAGGAGUAUCAGAGCAUGACAGAUUUGUCUGAAAAAUAUCCCCAAGAAGCCAGCAAGCAAAGGAGGUACAGCAGCACCUUGAACCUUAUGUCAGAAAGUGAAUUUGCUGGAGCCAGUCAACCAGUCCGGAAGACGUCUCUGCAGGCGCUUCCUCCCCUCCAACCCCUGAAUGCAAACUCCCGGCAAAAGAGCAUGCCGAACCUCGCUGCGAUGCCCAGCAUAGCAUUUGCGCCAAAGGGACGCAAAAGAUCAAUGCGCGAUUUCCUGAAGAGUUAUCAGAGGCAAACGUCCUUGAGUGAGAUUAACAGGAUUGAGGAAAAAGUUGAGGAAGAGUGGAAUAACCAGAGGAAUGGACACGUCCCUCUGCAGCGAAUGACGUCCGCACCUGCAUGGAACCGUCACAGUUUCCACGAAGAGCAGAAUUUGCCUCAGAGCAGAGACAUACCGCCAGUUCAGGAGGUAGCACCAAAACAUGAAACUUCUGUUCUAGAAACUGAACAAACACAAAGAACAAAUGCUAUCGAGUCACCACCACCCGUUGCGUAUCAGAACUCUCUGUCACCCACGAGCCACAUUUCCGAGAAUGAAUAUCCCUCUCAUGAAGAAGAUACUGGUCAGGGAGACAAGAAUGUCCAGCACGAAUCUGACGAUGAAUCCAGUAUGUCUGACAGCACAAUUACCUCGGACGCUCCAGAACAAGAUGAUACCACAAAAACGCCUAUGGAGAGGGCAAAAAGUGUAUCUGAUUUAUUGAAGCUUUACACAGACAUGGAAACCAAAGCUGGAAGACCGCCAAGCAGAAUUUCAAAGAAAGAAUUAUUCGGUUCGCAAGACCUACUCCGUAAAGAACCAACUCAGCAAAGCUAUGAACAGGAGCUGAUGCAGAGGGAAUUUGCGCAGUCACGCAAACAAGUGCGAGGGAAGCUGGCCGAAGGAACCAGCCUUGAAGAACCACUUUCACCAAAUGUUGUUGAUGACCAAAGAGUAAAGAACUCGAUGGAAUAUGUUGGAACCGCGUCCGAUCUGUCAGAGAAAAACGCUCGAGAACAAAUCCAAAUUGAACCAAACCAAACAACAAGUACAAAUGAACUGCCGUCGCCAGAUGUGGUUCUUGACAAUACUAAGGUAAAGGAUUUCUUGGAACAUAUUGAAGCUGGGUCUUAUGCGUCGACCCCAGACAGUGCAAAGGGACUUGAAGAAGACACCACUGAAGAACCGACCGACGCACACAAAAAGCCACUGGCAAAAGCUAAAAGUAUUUCAGACCUUUUGAAAUUAUAUUCUGAUAAGAAGAGCAAUGGAGAAGAGAGACCUCUGAAACAACCCACAAAAGAUUCAAAGGAGAUUGCAAACAAAACUAUCAUAACUCUCUCUGACAACGAACAAUACCCAAAAAUGCAUUCAAAUUCUGCAAAAAUCAUUUCUGUUGAAGAGCCCGUGUCCGUGCAUAGAUCCAGAGGCCAUGAAAGCAUUCCACUUAAACCGUCUGUAGUUCCCAGCAAAGCCAACUCCUUCGACCAGCCAGACUCGAGGGCACUGAAGCUUCAGCAGGAUCUCCCCAGAAGUUCAAAGACAAAUUCCAAAAAUACAAGGGCUCCUACCUCUGGCAGUGUACCCCCUGAAAAGCCCGUUCUCACACAAAGUGCAAAGCCAUUCGACAAGAAAAUGAACGGCAAUGUUACGAACAAAGAUAGAAAUGGAAAUUCAGUUUAUGAAGGAGAAGAUAACAGAACAGUCAUUAAUGUUUUAGACAGCCCUUCGAAUUCUCUUUUCUAUGCCAGUAUCAUUAACAUAGACAGUGAGGAUAGUGGCUACUCGCCUACAAAGUAUCCUUCUUAUAGUGACGCACACUAUUAUCCACCAUCAGAAAAUAGGAACACAAGCAAAGGAUAUUCCAAAGAACUAAAUACAACAGCAUCUUUGACAAAUCAAGAUUUAGUCUCUGCCAGCAAUCCAGCGGUGAAAUAUUCCCAAGUGAUUCCUAUUGAAAUGGAUAACCACUGGUCACAGAGUCGGCCGAAGGUAAACUCCGAAGACACAAAUGACAACUCGGUGCAGGUGAGUGAGGCGGAAUCAAGGGGACCUCAUGUUACAGUCAUCUCUCUCACAGAAGCGCCCCCUUCUGUCCCCCCUCCUGCACCGCCCUCGUCAGAUGAAAGCAGUGAGGAAGAUGCCAUGUGCGAUCCUCUGUCCCUCACAAAAAUGAUCGUCCAUGGAUCCCGGUGCGGAAGCAGCAGUAACCGAAGAACCGGGCAAAGAAAGAAAAGCAUAACGGCUGCCUCCGUGCCCCUUAACUCUCCCUUCUCACCGGUCAAGAGAAAACCUUCCCUCUCCCCCGACGGGACAGUCAUAUCCCCAACAGCCGUCACCACUUCCCCCACUUUCACAGACGCCCCUUUGCAUAAAACGAAGCUAGGACCGCAGUACUCCUAUGACGAGGGAGUCGACCUGACGCUGAGUGACGCUGACCUUGUCCAGUCAGCCAUUUCAACAGAGUCGAAGUCAACCAGCAGUGUGGACACCAUCGGCAAGGACAGCCCCGAGCCCAGGGUGCAUAGCCUAACGGCGCGCUGCGUCCCCCGGCGAUUCCGCGAGGGCCUGAAGGAGCACCCGGCGAACGGCCACGCGACCUCGAAGACACAGCCCAACCACACCUGUCCUUCUCCCAGACGCGACGCCCCUUCGCCUGAACACCUGGGCAUCCCGUGGGGUCCUGCAGCCAUCCCGGUCAGGCCCACGCAGGUGCACGGGGACACAAGCGACGACUCGUCUGCGCCCCCAGGUUCCCCGAGGCGCGUUCCCCGUCGGAGAAGCGGAGGGCGUCGAGACACCCCAGGCUGGUACGCGAGACCCGAGUGCGGUUCCCUGACAGAUCCUGCGGUUCCAUUUGCUACUGACAGUGUUUGCUAAACUGGAACGAUUUCUUCUUUAAUGACUGUGCAGAUUAUAUACGUAUACCUAUAUAUUUUACAAAAAAAAACAACAACAACACACUUUUCAUCUGUCCUUAAUAUGAUUAAAAACACACAAUAAAAAAAAUAACCUCAAUAUUCAAAGUUCUUGAUAAAGAAAGGCAUUCUUUAUUCUCAUAGAACUGCUUUUGUAAAUGAAGAUUCAUGAGAAAUCCUCAUGACUCGGCCUAAAGCGACCUCUCCCACUGCCUCUGUGAAACACGACGUCCCCAUGAGAGGUCCAGCCCAAGCGAUGUGCAAUUAUAUGCUGCCAUAGCCAUACAUAUCACCUUCACAUUCACGGAAGAACCGUAACGAGAAAGGUACCAACUGCCGUUUUAUAAAGCAAAAGUGGAUCAUAAGGCCAUUUACAUUUGAAACAUGAAUAACACAAAAAUGUCAUGCAAUGCAACCAGUCAAAUUAGUAACGUGGUCGACAAUAAAUAAUGAUUACUAUGUCAGUAUUUUAGAAUAUGAGACAGUACUCUGUAGUGUUGCUAAAGGAGAAAGUAUAGUGAAAUAGCUAAAUAGCUCCUGGACUUCAAGUGACUCUGCAUAAUAUUGAGUGUGAGGUGUGUAAAUAUGUGAAAGAAAUUCAUCACACGAUAUGGGUUACACUUUUUUCUUCCUCAGAAUUACCUAUUCUGUAAAAAUAAAAUCUUCUGUAUGAAGGUGUGUAUAUAUUUAAAAAUGUAUUUGAUACAAAAUGAAAUGUACUACAGCUAAUAUGUAUACCACAGCUAAUGCAAUUACUGUACUGAAUGUAGUUUUCAGUAGAUAAGCUUAUGGUAUUGAAUAGAGGUGCCUCAAGUCAAGGGAUAAUUGUUCUUGUAAAAUGAAGUAAUUAAAAGUUCACUUUAAGUACUGCAGUCUGUAACAUAAUCACCUAUUUCAGUUUAAAUUCUUGAUUGUCACUUCAGUAUGGAAAAAUGGUAUGGAAAAUAUAGAAAUUUUUAGAUUAUAAGGUGAUUUGUGAUUGGCAACUGUGAUCAAACUCAGCAUGGUGGUAACAGAUAAUGUUUAUAUGAUGUUGAAUAGUAUGUACGUAUAUUUUUCAUAAACUGUGUACUUUCUGUAUGAAAAAGAUACCUUUGUUGAUAACUCUAAAUGUAAUGGUGCCUUUAAGGAGUAUAUUGUAACUAAAUGCCUUAUAUGUUAGUGAUUAUGUUGUAUUAUAAAUGAUAGAUUACAAUCAAUAUUUUAGUGUUGUAUAGUCACUUAUAAGAACAAGCUCAGAUGACCCAUGUACUUACAAAUUCAUAAAAUGAAAAAAAAUAAUUGCUUUCCGUUAUUCACAUAUCUGUAAGAGCAAAAUUUAAACCCUCAAAAAAUGUAAGAAUUAGUAUAUGCAUUUUAAGGUUUAUAGCUACUAAGCAUAUCCUUAAUUCUGGUGUGUUUCUGAGAAGGCAAUGUAAGUAUUUCUCAGAAAAAGAGUUAAAAUUGACAAGAACAUAUAUUAUAUCAUGUACUAUGGACUUACAUUUAUGAAUAGUUUCCAUUACAGAUUGAAUAUUAUUACACUUUUUUAUUAUGUACAGAAGAUAUCAUUGCUCAUUGCUUUCCAUAUUUCAGUCCAAUGGCACAGAUAGAAACUCUGAUUUACAAUUGCCUUUGUAUCAGUAUUAAAUGUCUUCUUUGAUGUAUGCAUCCUGAUUUCUGGUUUCAAGUGCCAUACUGCAAACAUCAUUUAUUAUUUCAUUUCCUUUUCAGCCUUUAUUUUAUGCUGCUUACUCAAUAGUAGUGUUAUUUCCAAAACUCAAGAAAACUCCCUUAUUACUCAAAUAUAUAGACUCCAUA